GGACCGAGAGCCAGCUGCCUCCUCCUCCUCCUCCUCCUCCUCCUCCUCCUGCCUCGUUCUCCUCCUCCUCCACCUCCUCUGCAGCCAUGCUGGACACGCUCACCUUCCUCCUGGAGAAGCUCUUCCUCCUCGCGCACAUCAAGCUGUCCAGCCUCCUGCCGCCGCUCACCGCGCGCUGCGACCGGGACGCCGCGUCGCCGCCCGCCGCCGCCCCGCCGCUCCGGUUCCGACGCGGGGACCUGCUGGAGGUCCCGCGGACCCUCUUCACGCACUUCGGCAUCUACCUGGGCGACGGCCGCGUGGCGCACCUCAUCCCGGACGUGCUGCCCGCGCUGACCGGGGACGCGCGGCGCGUGCAGGAGAUGGUGACCAACGCGCGGCUGCUGCUCGGCGUGCUGUCCAAGCGCGCCUCCGUGCGCGUGGACUCCGUGGAGGACUUCGCGUACGCGGCCGGGAUCCUGCUGAACGCCACGGACCGCGCGGCGCCACGCGCGCCGCUGCCCGCGGAGGAGGUGGCGCGGCGCGCGGAGCGGCUCGUGGGCUCCGUGGCCUACAGCCUGCUGUGGAACAACUGCGAGCACUUCGUCACGCACUGCCGCUACGGGGCCGCGCGCAGCCCGCAGAGCGACCAGUUCUGCGAGUGGCUGAAGUCUCUGAUCCGGGACCAGCGCAGCGUGGCGCUGGCGGCGCUGCUGGGCCUCGCCACCAUGGCGUGUCUGGGCGUCUCCGCCGGCACCGCCCUGCCCGGCGUCCUGCUGCCCUUCACCCUGUGGAUGGCCAGCUAGGCGCCUGGAGGUCGUCUGGAGGUCGCCGCUGCCUCCUGCAUUUCCAUAUCCAUGUGUUCUGUUUGAUGAGCGUGAACAGAAGAAGAAGAAGAAGAAGAAGCUGACGUCUCAGUGGAAGAGAAGAAGAAGAACCGUUUGAUUGACAGCUGGUGACUGGUUGCUAAGCAACAAGACGAGUUCAGAUCAUCUGGAGACGCCGUGUUCUCCUGGAGAGGUUCUCCGUCUCUUCAUAUCAUAUUUCAUAGUUCUCUCUCUCGCUCGAUGCCCAUUGGCUGCUCGUGGUUCUCAGACCGAUCGGUUCUCUGAUGUCAUCGUUUGAGUCUCGACAUCAAAUCAGAUUUAUUUGUGGCUAACGAAGAACUCGUUCUUCACCUAGAGUUUUCCUUUGAAUCAGCAAUAAUGAACUUUAUUAAUAUUAAUAUUAGCAUUAUCCUGCUAGCUUGCUGUAUUCCCAGCAAGGCAUUCUGGGAGUUGUUGUUUCAACAUAUGCUUCUCCGAUGUGUUCUGAGGAGGAAACGUCGACAUUGAAUCUGUUUUAAAGUAGAAAGACACAACAUUUACUGAGGUCGACUUUUUUAAUCUCACGGUCGUCAAAGGGAUGGAAAAGCAGGUUUUGGGGUUUCCUUUGGUCCUCUGGUCGGCCAUCUUGACUGUAGUUCCAUGUCGGCCAUCUUGGCUGUAGUUCCAUGUCAGCCGUCUUGACUGUAGUUCCAUGUCGGCCCCUCUGCUGAAGCUCUUCUGUAAAUAUCUGUAGAUAUCUUUCACCACCUGAUUGUUUUUUAACGGUCAAAACUUUAACAGAAUUUAUUUUUUAAGACGCUGUAACACUUUAUAUGUGUUUUAUAUGUAAAUAAAGUCUCUGGACUUAUUGAA